GGCUAUAAGGGCCGGAGCCCAGGCGGGAGGGAGCCAGGCGGGCCAUGGCGGAUGUCCCCGGGGCGCAGCGACCGGUUCCCGGUGGUGGUGGUGGUGGUGGCGGUGGCGGCGGCAGCCCAGAGCCCCGGGACCCCCUGGACUGCUGGGCCUGCGCUGUGUUGGUCACCGCCCAGAAUCUGCUGGUGGCUGCCUUCAAUCUUCUCCUGCUGGCGCUGGUGCUGGGGACCAUCCUGCUACCCGCCGUCACCAUGCUAGGCUUUGGCUUCCUCUGCCACUCCCAGUUUCUGCGCUCCCAGGCACCCCCUUGCACCGCGCACCUGCGGGACCCGGGCUUCACGGCCCUGCUGGUCACUGGAUUCCUGCUCCUCGUGCCGCUGCUCGUGCUUGCCCUGGCCAGUUACCGCCGCCUCUGCCUGCGCCUCCGCCUGGCCGACUGCCUCGUGCCUUACAGCCGAGCCCUCUACCGGCGCCGGGGCGCCCCGCAGCCGCGGCAAACCCGGGCCUCACCCGGGCCUCAGAGGGCUGUUCCAACAUCAGGAAAGGUCUGGGUCUGAGGACUCUCGAGUCCAGAACAACCCGGAUGACUGCCCUCCCUCCUAGUGGGCCCAAGGACUUGAAGCCCGGGAGUCUCCCGACCUACCCUGCCCCCACGCCUGCUUGGGCCGGGUCCUAGCAUCCCCUUGGGGAACCGAAGAGCAGGAUCUGUGGUCCCAGCGCUGGUGGAAAGAAACUUCGAUACACCCUGGAAAACCCACGUUCCCCUCACUACUAUCUGAAUUCUGAACAUCUGGGCUGGACCCUGCACCCCUCCUGCCGCCCUGUGAAGAGGACAACUGAACUUUGCCGGUGCCCUCCUUUUCCGGUGCUGCUCCUAGUAUCUGCGGGUGGGGGAUGGGGGCACGAGGGUGGAGGGUAAGGAGUGAUCACACAUCAAUAAAGAGAUAACUGAACGAGA